CCAAAUAAAAACAAAGCUUAAAUGCCAAAAAAGGGGGUAUGGAGUUCUUAUAGGCUUUGUAAGGUCAGGGACAUUGAGUUUUGGGCUUCUGCAAUGUCAGGGGCCUGGGCAACAGGAGUUGUGACAAGGUUGAUUGGCGCCGGGGCUUGGAUUGCUGGCGGCAAGGUUGAUCAGCAUUAGGACGUGUUUUGUGGGGGUUGCUGUUUAGUUUUGCUUUGCUUCUGCGAUGUCAGUUGUGAGAGAGGCGAGAGACAGAUCGGGUCAAGAAGAGAUUUAGGGUUAAUUUGAGUGUGUG